UCAACUUUUGAAUGUAUUACUUAUAUCUUAUUGUUUAAUAAUUUUUCUAUAACCUUGCGUGAGGUAAAAAAAAAACGCUGAGGAGUCAACCUUAUAAAAAUCAAAAAAAGUUUUGCAAAACAACGUCACUACGUCAGGACGAGUGCAGAAUAACCCGGCUGUUUGAAAUUCGCAGAAUUACGAGUUCCGCACCCAUAGCGGAUAUCCGUCGAAAGACAACACUCACAUGAUGGCAGACGACGGAGCAUAUACGGCAGACGACCCUACGCUGACCGUGGGGCCGAAAAUUGUCUGUAUCACUGAGCUCUGUGACCAACAACCGUCGGCGACGACAUCCACAUUGCAGGUGGAGGCCGAUCAGAGGACGUUAGAUUUAGCACCACUACUAUCCCUGUGUCCAAAUGACGAACUGUUGGAAGCUCCUGUUGGAAUCUUGCAGGAGUGCGAUUAUCCAUCGACAGACAACGUAUAUAUGGUGGACGACAAUAAAUACACGACGAAAGAUGAGCUUGAUUCUCACGUGACACCGGUUAAAAUCCAGCUGUUAGAUGCACUGGCCGCCGAUAGCGAUUUUGUUCCGGAUGAGGCAGCCGAAAGCACGACCAUAGUUCCUAUAGUCGUGGCCAAAAGUGAUGGCGACGGGUUGGAGCCAGCGACAACUACGAUCCAAGUAAAGUCAGCGGUGACUGAACAGCUUGAUUCUUACGUGGCACCGGUUAGAAUCCAGCUGUUAGAUGCACUGGCUGAUGCUAACGAUUUUGUUCCGGACGAGGCAACCAAAAGCACGACCAUAGUUCCUAUAGUCGUGGCCAAAAGUGAUGGCGACGGGUUGGAGCCAGCGAUGACUACGACCCAAGUAAAGUCAGCGGUGACUGAACAGCUUGAUUCUUACGUGGCACCGGUUAGAAUCCAGCUGUUAGAUGCACUGGCUGAUGUUAACGAUUUUGUUCCGGACGAGGCAACCAAAAGCACGACCAUAGUUCCUAUAGCCGUGGCCAAAAGUGAUGGCGAUGGGUUGGAGCCAGCGACGACUGCGGUCCAAGCAAAGUCAGCAGCAGCAGAAAAACCCCGGCAAGGUCGUCGUAGAUCGUUCUUAUCGGCAGUGGGGAGGCGGCUCCUCAAGUUCGGGAGGACGUUAUGCUGCUGUUGCUGUUGCAAAUAGUGUGGUAGGUACACCGAUACCGCUAUAUGGUGCGCUCGAUUGCAUCUGUGAGAUGACAACGAGUUGAGAAGACAAGAGGGAUGCAAAAAGAGAUGUUGACUGGUGUCAUCAAUCCAAAAUUUAAGUUUAUAAUUUAUUAAAAUUCAUUUUGUUUAAUUUUCGUUUUGUUGAAAAACUUUAAUAUUAUAAUGAUUGUUAAUUUGCUCAUAUUAUCAAAUAAACAAUGAAGCAUAACAUAUGUAAAUAUUAAUUAUACAUGUAAAUUUUUACUUCGAAUACCGUCAAAUUUUUUUCUGAUUGUUAUAAAAAAUAAAAAUGUGAGAAA